CGUUUGCUCCCAUUUUAGCUAUCGAAGUAGUAAUUGUCCUGGAUUCCGGGACAUUUUGGUCCUUCUCGGAACAUGAUCACGCGUUCUAAAACGAAACAGCUGAGCACACCAGCAAAAAGUGCUGGCAAGACGCGCUCGGACUCAGGAGCGUUGGCUGCGGGUGGGGCCGGCCGGUCCUCGAGAUUGGACACCGUUUCGGCCGGUGCCACUGUUAUGCCCGCACCCCACGUUUUCAAAAGCCCCGAGGAGCCCGGAGCGUCGGCUGCGGGUGGGUCCGGUCAGCCCACAAAGUUGGACACCGUUACGACCGGAACCACUGAUACGCCCGCACCCUACGUCUCCAAAGGCCCCGAGGCCCCCGAGACGCCUCGCCAGUGUCGUGUGAAUAGUGCUGAACACAUUAAUGUUGUUUCUCCUAGUAACAGGUCGCGUGUGUCGUCUUCUCGUUCAUCAGCCACAAUAAAGGCACUGAGGUUGAACGAGGAGGCCCAAUUGGCGCGUCGCAGCCUGGAGCGUGAACAGCAGCUAUUUGAACGUGAGCAGGCGCUACUGCAACUACAACGCGACCAGGAGGUCGCACGCUAGCGGCUUGACUUCGAACGUAAGCUCUUCGAACAAGCUAAGCAAGUGGAAGAGCUCGAAAUAGAGGCAAGACUGGCAACCCAAGAAGUGGAUGGACGAUCCAACACUCAUACGGUCAGUCAAUCUUAUUCACGUACUGCAUCGUGGGUCCGCGACGUCAACCAUAGCGGCCGUCGUCCCGCUGACAACAACGUCGAUGCGGCCCUAAUAAAUAUCCCGCCUACGGGCGCAGACUCUACUACGGUUCACGUUCGCGAGAGAAAGUUAGGUUUAGAACCUAGUUAUAUUCAACAAAAUAAUGUAAACAACCCUAUCAACCCAUAUUUCUCUCAAGAACGAGAUACCACACGUCAAAAUACUAAUAACACAAAUGAUAUGAUUGCGUCACAUCGCAAUCAUGAAAAUUCAGUGGUACAUCAUAAUCCUGAAAAUCAUGAAAUGCAUCGCGAUGUCUACAAAAAACCCGUGACAUUUCAAAUACCAAUAAAUGACAAUUCAAACUUAUUGCAAACCUCUACGAGCAAUAAUAAUAAGGCACUGACAUCAAUGCCGUUGCUUGACAACCCAAAUAACAAACAAUGUCAGUUGCCGUCAAAUCAGCCAGAGCCUUAUUUUUAUUCUCAAAGGUGCUCACAUAAACUACAGCUUACUCCUUUUAGCGAGAAUCUUGUGCGUUUGAGCGGCGCGCUGCGCGGCGCGGCCCUGGAGAGCGUGUCGUCGCUGCUGUACACGGCGGAGCGGCCCGAGCAGGUGCUCGACGUGCUGGAGCAGACGUUCGCGCUCCCUGAAAUGAUCGUGCUACACGAGAUUACUCUCGUGCGGAAUCUCCCAAAGCUAAGCUUUGAUCAAAAAGAUCUUACCAACUUUGCUUGUAGAUUGCGCAAUUGUAUAGCAGUAAUUAGAAACUUAGAUCAGAUAGAGCAUAUUUAUUCAGUAGAGUUGUUUCAUAGUGUGUUAUCCAAACUGACACCGAUAUUGUACAGUCAGUGGAAAGAAUAUGCGUACAAAAGUGACCGAUCUGUGCCUAAAAUUCAAUUAUUGUCUGAGUUUCUUGAUAUUGAGGCUAUAAAACACAAUCGUUACGGUUUAGUACUUGAUUACGCCCGACGACCUGGCACUGUUAUGCCCGAUUUAGGUAGGCGGUCUGGCACAUUUAUGCCAGAGUUAGGUAGGCAAACCGGCACCUUUACUUCAGGUUUAGGUAGGCGAAAUGGUGCCAUUAUUUCAGAGUCAGGUAGGCGACAUGGUACAGUCGGCAACAAUAAUUUUUCACACAAACCUACACGAAGUGAAAACAUUCAUGUGACAUCUGUGCGUAACACCAACAAUGAACUAUGUCGUUACUGUAACAAUAAACAUAAACUUACGGAGUGUGAGGAAUUUAAGUCACUAUCUUUAGAUGACAAAUGGAUUUGGUUGCGUGAAGCAAAGAUAUGUUCUAAGUGUCUGGUAUCUAAUUCACAUCGGUGGAAGUCAUGCAGGAUCGAUCGAUGUGGUGUCGACGGGUGCGAACGUUUUCAUCACCCAUUGCUACAUUCAGCAACGACACCUCACGUAGUCAAUGCUGCCAGAGAGUCUCCGUCUUCCUCCUGCGAUGUUAUUGAACACAAAAACAUAAAUAAAACUGUUACAAUUUCUAACGUCACUGGAUCACACUCAAACGAUGAAAUGUUAAGUCCAGAAUCUCAAGUGUUUUUAAGAGUCAUUCCGGUUGAAGUAAGCGGUCCUCAUGGAAAAUAUGACACAUAUGCGUUACUUGAUGACGGUUCCAUGUCAACCAUGAUCGACUGGGAGGUGGCACGCCACAUUGGAGCGACUGGCCCCAUGCAGUCAAUCAAGGUUGACGGAGCCUGUGGAAUGUCAGUACACAGGCCCAUCCAACAUGUUAGCUUUUCUAUAAAAGGUAAACAAUGUUCUGAAACGUUCACGGUUAACAACGCUAAGGCCGUAAACUCAUUGUCACUGUUCGCACAAACUGUCAGCCAAAGCGACAUUACGAAAUAUUCACACUUGGCUGAUUUAGCGGACGUUCUUUCAAUAUCGGAAGCUACACCUAAAGUCUUGCUUGGCGCAGAACAUUGGUAUCUCACUAUCUGCCGUGAGCUUAGGGAAGGUGCCCAAACCGAUCCGAUUGCAACACGUACAGCUUUAGGUUGGGUAUUACACGGCAAAUCCAACAUUUGGUCUAAACCCGUCUAUUUUGUAAAUCACAUUUCAAGCAAAAAUAGUGCUAGUGACACCACCAUGGAUGAACUUGUGAAAGAUUAUUUUCGCCUUGAUGCCAUAGGUAUUUCUAAGUCUGAAAAUGUGUACUCUAACGAAGAUAAACACGCUUUAGGGGUUUUAGAAUCCACGACCAAACGUUUGCCAUCAGGUAGGUUCGAAGUAGGUCUAUUAUGGCGUAAUGACAUUCCAAACACACCUGACAGUUAUCCUCAAGCGCUUUCGAGGUUCCACGGUUUGGAAAGGCGAAUGGCUCGAGAGUCUAACCUCAAAAAAGAUUAUUGUGCCUUUAUCGAUAACAUGAUGUCAAAAGGUUAUACUGAAGAGUGUCCAAAGGAAACAUACCAUGAUAAAAUAAACACAAGCGUUACACACAAAGGUUUACGUUGGUAUUUACCCCAUUUUCCUGUAAUCCACCCUCAAAAACGAAAACUGCGCGUAGUCCAUGACGCAGCCGCAAAGACUUCGGGAGUCAGUUUGAAUUCACUCCUGCUCCCGGGGCCUGAUCUCCUGCAGUCACUGCUACACAUAUUGUUCCGUUUUCGUGAAGGUCAUGUUGCGAUGACAGCUGACGUGAAAGAAAUGUUUCCACAAAUUAGGAUUAGGCAGGAAGAUCGUGACGCUUUACGUUUUCUUUGGAGGAAUGACCCUCACUGUGAAUUAAAAGAAUACAGAAUGACUUCCGUUAUCUUCGGUGCUGUGUGCAGCCCCUGUACUGCUCUAUACAUAAAAAAUCGUAACGCUCAGGAAUUGCAACGGUCUUACCCGGCCGCCGCAAAGGCCAUCGUUCGUGAUCAUUACAUGGAUGAUUAUUUAGGAAGUCUUGACAGUGUCCAAGAAGCUGCGCAACUUGCAGCUGACAUAGUAACGGUUCACAAAGCGGCAGGCAUGGAGAUGCGUGGUUGGGUCUCUAACGUACCCGCUGCACUUGCAGCCGUACCAGAAGACUUACGAGCUCCUAUAGUUGAAGAUAUACAUGUAGGGCCUGAAGCUUUUGUUAGGACUUUAGGACUUAUAUGGCAUCCAAAGAGCGAUACCUUUAGUUUUCGUACUGGUUCUCCCAUACCAGACCAAGACAAAUUAACAAAACGAAAGGUAUUGUCUUACCUGAUGUGCGUGUACGACCCCCUCGGUCUCUUGACUCCUCUGGUUAUUCAAGGUCGUAUUUUAUUCCAGCAGACAUGGCGAACUGGUAUUGAUUGGGACACUGAGCUGCAAUCACAUGCCGUUCAAAAGUGGCGAGCUUGGUCUCAACAACUUGCUACGAUUACAUGCGUCAAAAUUCCGCGUUGGUACAGAUGUGGGUUUCCAGAUGAUAUCAUUCGUGACAGACAGCUUCAUAUAUUUGCAGACGCCAGCGAGGAGGCAUACGCGUGCGUCGCAUAUUGGCGCUUUACAUUAACGAGCGGUUCCGUAAAGCUGUCUCUCAUUGGAGGAAAGGCCCGACUGAGUCCUUUGAAACCUACGUCUAUACCACGACUUGAACUCCAAGCUAGCCUGAUAGCCUCCCGAUUCGCCAAUACGAUAUGCAUCGGUCACGAAAUAAAACCUGAUGAAAUCUACUUUUGGUCUGAUUCGACCACAGUACUCAGUUGGAUCCGUAGUGAUGCAAGGACAUUCAAACCAUUUGUCGCGAACCGUGUGGGCGAAAUCACCAAAGUUACCAACUGGAAAUUCGUACCAGGUGGUUUGAAUGUAGCGGAUGACGCGACUAGAUUAAAAGAUCGUGACAUCGAUUUAUCGCGGUGGUUCUCUGGACCGGAUUUCUUAUUACUGCCGUUCAGCGAAUGGCCCAAAGAACCAUCGACACCUGAAACUACAUCCGUCUUGGAAGAGUUAAAACCCUCUAAGACGCAUGUAGGACUCAUCAAUCUGGACAAGCCUUCAUCGGUUGUGCCAGAUCCCUCACGUUUUAGUGAAUGGUUACGCCUGGUUCGUACAACUGCACGUAUAUUCGCCUUUUGCAUCAAUAAGUUUCGUUCCCUUUUGGCACAUGACAAUCCAAAUUCUAAAAACAAAACUAACCCUUCUUCUAAGCUUCCGCCACUGUCCGCCGUAGAGAUGCAGAAGGCCGAAAUUGCCAUUCUUCGACAGACGCAGACCGAUUUGUUCGGCGAAGAAUUUGCCUUGCUUCGAGAAUCUAAGCCCUUGCCCAAGUCGAGCAAAUUGAAUCCUCUCUGCCCGAUUAUUGAUGAAGAUGGCCUUCUCAGACUGGACAGUCGUAUAAAGCGCAUGAAGAACGUUGACUACGCCACUACAUCGCCUAUUGUUCUUGAUGGCCGUCACCCAGCUGUUCGUCUACUCAUACGGCACUACCACGUCGAAGCCGCACACGCCUUCAAUGAGCUGGUGAUUAACGAACUUAAGCAAAGAUUUUGGAUACUGCGAUGCCGUAGCGAAGUGCGCAUGGUUGCCCGAAAAUGUGCCUACUGUAUAAAGCGUAAAGCAACGCCCCACAUCCCACCAACCGGCGACAUACCAGAUGUGCGCCUGGAACACCACAAACGCCCGUUCACAAACACCGGGCUAGAUUAUUUUGGCCCCGUCGAAGUGUCAAUCGGCCGUCGACGAGAGAAACGAUGGAUAGCCCUCUUUACCUGCAUGACGACACGAGCAGUGCACCUGGAAAUUGUUGCUAGCCUAUCAUCAGAUUCCGCAAUCAUGAGCAUACGUCGUUUUGCUGCACGUCGAGGACUCCCGAAUAAGAUACUUUCGGACAAUGGGACUUCCUUUGUUGGAGCCAACAGACAACUGUGCGAAUUUUACAGCGACGCCGUGCAAGACUUUGCUGCCAGCAAACGCAUAGAGUGGUGCUUCAUUCCCCCGGCGUCACCAUUCAUGGGUGGUUGUUGGGAGAGACUUGUAAAGACAGUUAAGACAGCACUCCUUGUGACUCUAAAAGAAAGGGCUCCCAGAGAGGAACUACUCCAUACUCUUCUCCUAGAGGCAGAGGCGCUAGUAAACUCGCGGCCAUUAACCUACGUCACUGAGAAUAGAGAGUAUGAAAGCCUGACUCCGUCCCAUUUCUUGAUUGGUACCUCUUCACCACAGCAGCUACCGGCCGUUUUAGACGAUGGUGUAUUUUCGUCAAGAAAGGAGUGGCAAAAGGUUCUACGACUGUCCGAACACUUUUGGACCAGGUGGCUUAAAGAAUACCUGCCCAGUCUAAAGCCGAGAAGAAACAACGGAAGGCAGUAUCACAAUUUAAAAGUAGACGACGUUGUCCUCGUAGUUGACCCCGACCUGCCUAGAGGUGUUUGGCCUAUAGGUCGUAUAGUUGAAGUGUUCCCGGGCAGAGAUGGAAUUGUCAGAGUGGCUGACGUGGCCACAAAAGGGGGCCUAUUAAGGAGGCCCGCCAGAAAGUUAGCUCGACUACACGAUGAAGUUGUGUAG